AUGACGGCUUUAAGCACGGUCGUCAGUUUAAAAGUGUGCGGCACUGGUUUUGUGAGAGCUGAGAGUUGUCUUUCCCCCAGGACACAGAAUGUCCUUGGUGAAAAGGGCCGACGGAUCCGAGAACUAACUGCUGUGGUUCAGAAAAGAUUUGGCUUCCCUGAGGGCAAUGUGGAGCUUUAUGCUGAAAAAGUGGCCACAAGAGGUCUGUGUGCCAUUGCCCAGGCAGAAUCUCUUCGUUACAAACUCCUAGGAGGGCUUGCUGUGCGGAGGGCUUGCUAUGGUGUGCUACGGUUCAUCAUGGAGAGUGGGGCCAAGGGCUGUGAAGUUGUGGUCUCUGGGAAACUCCGAGGACAGAGAGCUAAGUCCAUGAAAUUUGUCGAUGGCCUGAUGAUCCACAGUGGGGACCCUGUUAACUACUACGUUGACACAGCUGUGCGCCACGUGUUGCUCAGACAGGGUGUGCUGGGCAUCAAAGUAAAGAUCAUGCUGCCCUGGGACCCAAGUGGAAAGAUUGGCCCUAAAAAGCCCCUCCCUGACCACGUGAGCAUUGUGGAGCCCAAAGACGAGAUACUGCCUACCACCCCCAUCUCCGAGCAGAAAGGUGGGAAGCCAGAGCCACCUGCUAUGCCUCAGCCGGUCCCAACUGCAUAAUAGGGUCUCCUUGGCAACUGGAUCUGAAUUUUUGGAAGUUGCUUUGUAAAGACCUUUAAUAAAAUCUUUUUCAAAGACA